AUGUCUUCCCAGUCUGCCAUCCCCACAGCCCCACCACAUCCUACCGCACCUCUUCCACUUCUUGACAAUACUCCAGCUGAUGCACCGCCUACCGCUCUAGCUAAUGCACCAGUCAUCGACGAGCCAGCUGUUAGGCGCAUUGCCGGCGCCAGAAUCAACCCGAUCCCUGUUUCUCGCUUCGACUUUCGCAAGGAAUCUAUCCAAGAGCUCAUUCUUCUCCGGGGCUUGGCUCUGCAUCGACCGUUUGUGGCCCCGCAUGGAAGCGGCACGGAUGCCUGGAACAAACUUGUCGACUAUCUUCACGAAACUGACCGCACCGAGCGCCCUACAACGCCAUUUUACACCAAUGUCAAGCCUCGGUCUUGCAAGCUUGCUUGGGAGCGUCUGUUCAACGAGCAGAAAGCUUAUGAGGCAACCAUGCUUGCGGCUACCGGUAUUGCCCCUCAAGAGACAGAACGACGCCGUUUGAUGAAGGAGCUCAACGCUCUCAAGACAGCUGGGGCAGAGGCAGUGGCAGACGCCAGACAGGAGAAGCACCGUCAGCUUGAGGUUCAGACAGAGGACAGACGUCUAGGCCAACUUCUCCUUGACUCCGCAGAGUCCCUCUCUGUCAGAACACGUUAUGGCGGCGGUUCAGACUCGGAGUCUAGUGCUGCGACAUCAUCGACAACCACUAAGUACGGCAAGAAACGCUUCACUCUUCAAAGCCUUGAGAAGCAGCAGCAGGAAUCAUUGGAGCAUGUGAAAGGGCAGACCGAGUUAUUGGCGCAACAGUUGGGUUUGCAGAGGGAACAAAUGGAGCACCGAAAAGAUGAUAUCUUGAGACAGGAGGCGUUAGAUCGUGAGAAGGAGGCUCGUGUUGUUGAUCGAGAACGCGAGAAGGAGCAGAGGCAGCUGGAAUGGGAGCGGGAGAAGGUGCGCCUUUCAGAGCUUCGGGAAGCGGAGAGAGCUAAACGACAGGAUGAGGUUGAAGAACGUCGACACAAGGAGUUCAUGGAGGUUCUUAAGCAGCAAUCGAUCCAAUAUGAGAUGAUCAUGUCCAAGGCUUUCUCAGCUAAAGUAGAUGAUGUUACAAAGUAG